AUGCCCUUGCGGUGCUCUUGCCCUCACUGCGGCCGGAAGAUUGUAGCUGACAUUGCACGCGAGCCCCGGGACCUUCCAUGGGGUGGCUUGACCUUCCCCUGCCUACGAUGCCGACGGCCGGCCCUUCAGGGUGAUUCGCACACUGGAGAGACGCUGCGAGCAAGUCAUCUCUGGCAUGGGCCAUGUCUCCACAGUCCUAGUAGUGACGGCAGCUGUAGUGCCACUCACACCGCCUUUGCCGGCUCUCGCGGUGGCGCCAAGCAUUUGUGUCCUCCGAUCUGGGCAGGACUUGCUCCUGGGCUACGUCCGGAGGGAUUUGUGGCGCUGCCGUGCUGGCGCUUUGGGCCUGGCCACGGCAGGAUGUGGGCUGGCUCUUGGGCAGCUGGAGCAGGCUGCGAGUGCAGAACAGUUGGCUCCAAGUUUCCCCACAGCUUUUCUUCAGAGGGCUCGGAGAGCUUUGAUCUUCUCCAAACGCGCCGUUGCCGCGCGCCGUGGCUUCAGCCGCUGGACCCCACGUGCCAUCGGCACGUGGUGAAUAUUGGCCGGGUCUUGGACGAGGAAAUUCUGGAAGUGGAGGAUGGAUGGCUCCUUCUGCCGGAGAAUGUGGAGGAACUCUUGAGGUAUGAGGUGGAAGAGCUCCUCAUGGAACAUGAUGUGUUUUCCAUUGAGCUCCAGUCUUUACCAGACGCUGCCCGGCUGAGCCCCAUGCUUGCAGCCAUUGGGCAGGGAGCGAAUUGCUCAGCGGUGUCUGGAUAA